CAACCACAUCAUCGACAUCACCAACCCCACCAGCUCAUCUCGAUGAGCUCCUCCCCAGCAUCAGCAACGCCACCACCACGGCGGCCGGCAAAGCGUAACACGCUACAGGCCAAGCCGCCAGACACGCCGCCGCGGCGCGACCCCGCGAUCCAGAAGGCGCUCCAGCUGAGCACACUCAAGGAUGGAUACUCAACCGAGGAGUUCAUGAGCACGCUGAGCGAAAAGCUGGUUGCCGAGUCGAAAGCGACCCCAGGGCCGUUCAACCCUACACCAUUCAUGCAGACGUUCUCGCCGGCUCUCGACGCGCUGCUCGCCCUCCGCUCACAAGUCGGCGAGGAGACCAAGGCGAUGGAGAGCGACGUGCGCCGCGCACAUCGCGAGUAUGGCAAGCGGCUGCGCGAGCUCGACUCGGGGUUCGAGGCCGUGGGCAACUCGUUCUCCACGCUCGAGGGCAAGAUCAACGACGUGGGACGCACCGCCGCGCGGAUAGGCGAGCAGCUUGAGUCGCUGCACCAGACGCGAUCGACGGCGCAGGCCACGUCGCUCCUGCUGACCUACUACUUCUCCCUGGUGCAGUUCACGAGCGUGACCCAGGAGGAGGGCACGCCGAGCCCCCUCGACAGCCUGUACUCUGCGCGCACGUCGCGCAACGGGCGCGAGAGAUUAGCAUUAGUACUGCGCCGGCUGAUGGCCGUGGCCAAGGAUGUGGCGGACAAUGCGUCGGCGGCGCUGGACGACGCCGACGCGGCCGAGAACGCUGCCGACGACGCAGGCAAACACCAGGCGCACCGCAAGGCGCUCAAGGCCCGCGCCGAGAAGGAGCGCGCCGACCGCGUGCGCGACGAGGUCGAAAAGUACUGCGAAAAGUUUGAAAAGGAGGUGCUCAGGCUGUUCGACAAGAGCUACCGCAAGGGCGACCCGCGCAUGAUGCAGCACUGCGCCAAGGUGCUCCAGGAGUUUAACGGCGGCAAGUCGUGCGUGCAGAUCUACGUCAACCAGCACGACUUUUUCAUUCAAAAGGACAACGGGUCGAGCGUGCGCGAGGAUGUGGACGCGGAUGUUGAUGGGAACGCGGAUAUCUGGUCCACCAUUGGCGACCCGGAUGCUCCGCCUCCAACCGUCGAAGGCGGCCUCCAGAGCCUCUUCGCUGAAAUCAGAUCGACCGUGAGCCAGGAGGCGCAGAUCGUGCGCGCCGUCUUCCCCAACCCCAUUACCGUGAUGCAGGUGUUCCUCGAGCGCGUGUUCGGCCAGGUGAUUCAACAGCGUAUCGAGUCACUCGUAUCCCGUGCUUCGGGCAUCUCGACCCUCGCCAUGCUCCGUAUCUUGCAGCUCUCGCACGUCAUGUGCACGACGCUCGUAGACGACCUCAAGGCGUACGACGCGAGUCUGGGCAACCAGCCGUCGCGCUCGUCCAAGGUCGCGGCGGACAGCAACUCGGGUCCCUUGGCUGCGCUGCUGGAUCAAUCGCUCCAGGAGAUCUUCGUGCCGUGGCUCGAGGGCUCGCGGUACCUCGACCUCGAGACCAAGAACCUUGUCGAGCUGUACGCCGGCCUGCUGGCCAGGUUUUCGGCGUACCACGAGGCCGUGGCCAAGGUCAAGCCGACCAACCUGCUCGACCGCGUGGUCAACACUAUGCCCGGAACGGCUGCGCCAAACGCAUUCCAUGCCGGCACAGCGGCAAUGACGCGUUUGGGCAACAUGCUGUCGUCGUCGGCGACCUCGGUGCUACCUGGUAACAGCAGCCGCCCAGUGGUUCCAUCCCGGUCGAUGGCACGCCUCAGCCUCCAAGGUGGUUCGGGAAACCUCACACCGACGAACGGUCCGUCACGGCAGGGCAGCCUGCGUGAGGACCCGGCCGACGAGAGAAGAUUAGAGUCGGACGGACAGGUGUCAAUCGUCAUGGCAGAGCGCAUGCUCCGCUGGCACGCCGAAGCCGUUGGGCGUGUCGUCGAGCUGAGUGGCUCGGCGGACGUGGGAAAGAACGCAUUCGCGCUGUCAAAAGUGCUCGCAGAGGCCAUUGGACGGUCGUACAUUGGCACGGCGCUCGACUCGGUCCUCGCCCGCCUCGAACAGCAGGAGAGCAAGACCGAGCCCGACCUCACGACCCUUACCGUGCUUCACCCGGUCGACCUCGUGUGCCACCUGUUCCAGCGCUACGCGUCCACAGCCCUCAUCCCGCUCACUGGCCCUACUACCGCCGUUCGACGCGAGAUCACCGCGUUCAACCAGCACAAUGUUAUGCACAUUGAGGGCAAGACCAACGAGAUCAUCCAGAAGGCCAUCGAUCUCAUCGUCAGCUGGCUGUCGACGCUGCUGCAGAAACAGAGGAAGACAGACUACAAGCCCAAAGACGACGACUGGCGCGGCAACACUGAGCCCUGUGUCCUCUCGUGCGAGUUCCUCGGCAAGGUCAAGGACAUUGUCGACGAGAGCAUGAGCGGCAAGAACUCUGAGGCGGUCCUCACAGAGGUUGGCGUUGCGUUCCACGCGCUCCUGCUCGAUCACUACAAAAAGUACCCCAUCAACCAGGUGGGCGGCAUCAUGUUGUCCAAGGACCUGGCCUCGUACCAGGAAGCGAUUGUGCAGUACGGUAUCCCGCCGCUCAACGACCGCUUCGACAUGCUCCGCCAGCUGGGCAACAGCUUCUUCAUCACCAAGCCGGAAGAGCUGCGGAGCUAUCUCACCGAGCCGAGCUCGCACCUCGGCCGCGUUGAUCUGCGCCUGCUGCGCCCGUACCUCGAGAAGCGGUCCGACUGGUCGACCGUGUCGCGGUCGAUGGCGCUCGACGACCCAGCAACGUUUGGCGACAGCCCGGCCGGCAGUGGCGCAGGGACACCCGGGGCACGGAAGGCAAACCGUCUCUCGGCGAUGGCGGGCGCGCUGACCAUGGCGCGUCUGUUUGAUAGUCUGCGCGACUAUGAGCCCGACCACCAGAACGGCGACACGACGUCCCCGCGCAAGAAGGACAAGGAGGGCGGCAGCCCCGCGUUGCCCCCGUCGGCGUUCUCGCGACAGCCGUCGACCACCUCCCAGACCCAGACCCAGGGCCGCGCCGCGCCGCGCAACAUGACCCACAUGUACCUCCCCAUGCGAUGAUGACUGUAGAACUUGUAAUGUAAUGACGAAUCAUGUGCGGGGUGUGCCGAAGGGAGGCGGGCGCGCCGCCCCGCGAGUGUGCGGAUGCAACGCGUACAGCAG